UCCUAGCAAAGCGCUUGCUGUUGUAGUAACCAGGCGCCCUGAUUACUUUACUGCGGCGCUCGGAUUCGGAGGGAGCAUUUGCGGUCGUCUCUGUCCACCUCAUCUCAUCUAGCCCUCCCUCCUCCUCCUCUCUCUCUCUCUCUCUCUCUCUCUCUCUCUCUCUCUAUCUCUGUCUGCCUUGCUCUACCUCCCCCUCUCUCUCUUGCCCGCUCCAUCUCACUCACUCUCUGGCCAGAGGACGUGCGGCUACCAGGCAGCGUCUCCAGUGUUCUGCGUCAGGAGGACACGGCCGGCUCCUCACGCUCUGCCUCUGCAUGACUGUCACAAAGAUGUCAUGGCGUCCAACAUAUCGAAGCUCCAAGUUUCGAAAUGUGUACGGCAAGGUCGGCAACCGGGAGCACUGUUUCGACGGCAUUCCCAUCACCAAGAAUGUCCAUGACAACCACUUCUGUGCCGUCAACGCCAAGUUCCUCGCUAUCGUCACAGAGAGCGCGGGAGGGGGAUCCUUCCUGGUCAUCCCUGUCACCCAGUCGGGCCGGCUGGACCCCCACUACCCCAAGGUGUGUGGUCACCAGGGCAACGUACUGGACAUCAAAUGGAAUCCCUUCAUUGAAAACAUCAUCGCCUCCUGCUCGGAGGACUCCUCUGUGCGGAUCUGGGAGAUCCCGGAGGGGGGGCUGAAGCGGAACAUGACGGAGGCCGUGCUGGAGCUGUACGGACACAGCCGCAGGGUGGGGCUCAUCGAGUGGCACCCCACCACCAGCGGCAUCCUCUUCAGCGCCGGCUAUGACUAUAAGAUUCUGAUCUGGAACCUGGAGAUCGGCGAGCCCGUGAAGAUGAUCGACUGCCACACGGACGUCAUCCUCUGCAUGUCCUUCAACACGGAUGGCAGCCUGCUGGCCACCAGCUGCAAGGACAAGAAGCUGCGUGUGAUUGAGCCGCGGUCUGGGCGGGUGCUGCAGGAGGCAAACUGCAAGAACCACAAGGUGAACAGAGUUGUGUUCCUCGGCAACAUGAAACGACUCCUGACCACAGGCGUGUCCCGUUGGAACACGAGACAGGUGGCCCUGUGGGACCAGGAGGACCUGUCCAUGCCCAUCAUCGAGGAGGAGAUAGAUGGCCUUUCCGGACUUCUCUUUCCCUUCUACGACCCCGACACACACAUGCUCUACCUGGCCGGCAAGGGAGACGGGAACAUUCGAUACUAUGAGAUAAGCACUGAGAAGCCCUACCUCCAUUAUCUCAUGGAGUUCCGGUCACCGGCACCACAGAAAGGCCUUGGUGUGAUGCCAAAACAUGGGCUGGAUGUGGGGGCCUGUGAAGUCUUCCGAUUCUACAAGCUGGUGACACUGAAAGGUCUCAUUGAGCCUAUUUCCAUGAUCGUCCCGAGGAGGUCGGAGACGUACCAGGAAGAUAUCUACCCCAUGACAGCAGGGACAGAACCCGCCCUCACAGCCGACGAGUGGCUCAGCGGGAUCGACCGAGAUCCAGUGCUCAUGUCCCUGAAGGAGGGAUAUCGGAGAUCCAGCCAGCUGGUUUUCAAGGCUCCCGUGAAGGAAAAGAAGAGUGUGGUGGUCAAUGGCAUCGACCUGCUGGAGAACGUGCCACCCAGGACAGAGAAUGAGCUCCUGCGGAUGUUCUUCAGGCAGCAGGACGAGCUGCGGCGCCUCAAGGACGAGCUGCUACAGAAGGACGUUAAAAUCCGCCAGCUGGAGCUCGAGCUCAACAAUCUGAGGAACAGCCCCUGCAACAAGUGACCCCCGACUCCCGUCCAUCUCCCCAGCCCACCCGUGUCCUCCUCACCGCCCCCCCCAGAACAUCUUGCCGGGUGCCCGGCAUCGCCGAGGCUGAAUGCGCGCACCUCCACUCCAGCACCCCCACGCUCAGUGCAGGCACGGCCAAGUCCACGUCCUAAACAACCAAGGCUUUGAAAGACUCCCUGUCCUCUGGCCCGGCUCCCGGCUCCCGGAUCCCGGCUCCUAGCUAGCCAGCUAGCCAGAAGAGCCUAAACUGAAUGGGUGGGUCUCCCUUUGUGGAGGCUGCCUUUAGUUUGACUGGGUGAGCAAGAGAAUGUUGGUUUUCAGUGUGGCAAUUAAACUCAGCAAACUCCUCUCCCCUUUUCUCGUGAAUGUACAGGACAGACUGCAAAAGCUACCAAUGGCUCCGACUUUCUAAGUGCUCAGGCUAAGGCCUGAAACAGCCCGAUGGGCUUAGAAUCUGAUAACAUCCAUUUGUCUUUUUUUAUUAUUUAUUCAAUUGUAUUUUUAAUCACUCUUCCUACUAUCUCCUGUUUACCGUACAUUUGUAGGGUUAUUAACCACUUUGACUGGAUCACAGAAGAGGCAUUUGUCGUAACAAAAUAAUAUUUCUGUAUAAAAAGAUGGACUUGAGCUUGAUGGUAAAGGGCUGUCAGCACUAGCGGGUUCCAGCGGGCGUGCGAACGCAGCGGCAGGCGUGCGAACGCAGCGGCAGGUGAGACACAUGGAUGGUCGGUCGAGCUGCAGGAAGAGCAGUGCUAUUGCGCAAUUGAAGAACCUGAAGUUUCAGUUUGAAAUAAUAAUGAUUAAUGUGUUUAAAGGGAUAUAACUGUAACCGGUGUAAGUUGCUUUGGAUAAAACAUCUGCUAAAUAGCAAUAGUAGUAAUAAUAAUGAUACUUCCAAGGUCAUAAAAACUGCAUUCUAUGACA